CACUCUCCCGUAACCUAGAGAGAUGGGGCAGUCUGUGCAGUGAGGACGGAGCUUGGAAGAAAGAAAACAAGGACAGGAAAACAAACGAGACAUAAGAGGACAUCUGGAGAAAGCGGAAGGCAGAAGACAGGGAGGGGAAAACAAACCCACAGCAGGUGGAAACAAGAUCUAGAGCAAACCGGUCUGGUCCACAGUUGUUUUUCUGGAAGAGAAAAAAGUACCGGAGGACUGCCUUUUUUUCCUUCAGUUAAUGAAAACUCUUAUCUUCAUCAUAAAAGAAAAGGCUAAGGGGAGAAAGAGAGAUACCUUUCGGAGGUUGAAAUCCAAUGGGAAAGAUGGAAAAAGGAGCCAGGCACCGAAACAACACUGAAAAGAACCACCCAGGUGGGAGCAAAUCGGAUACCACCCCGGAGUCUGGAUCUGGAGGGGGCGGAGUAGCCCUGAAGAAAGAGAUUGGAUUGGUCAGUGCUUGUGGUAUCAUUGUAGGGAACAUCAUUGGCUCUGGGAUCUUCGUCUCGCCAAAAGGUGUGCUGGAGAACGCCGGCUCUGUGGGCCUUGCUCUCAUUGUCUGGAUUGUGACUGGUCUCAUCACAGCUGUGGGAGCCCUGUGCUAUGCUGAGCUUGGUGUCACCAUCCCCAAAUCUGGAGGUGACUACUCCUACGUCAAGGACAUCUUUGGAGGACUGGCUGGGUUCCUGAGGCUUUGGAUUGCGGUGCUGGUGAUCUACCCCACCAACCAGGCUGUCAUCGCCCUCACCUUCUCCAACUAUGUGCUGCAGCCUCUCUUCCCCACCUGCUUCCCCCCAGAGUCUGGCCUUCGACUCCUGGCUGCCAUCUGCUUAUUGCUCCUCACAUGGGUCAACUGUUCCAGUGUUCGCUGGGCCACCCGGGUUCAAGACAUUUUCACAGCUGGGAAGCUCCUGGCCCUGGCCCUGAUCAUCAUCAUGGGAGUUGUACAGAUCUGCAAAGGAGAGUAUUUCUGGCUGGAGCCAAAGAACGCAUUUGAGAAUUUCCAAGAACCCAACAUCGGCCUCAUCGCACUGGCUUUCCUUCAGGGCUCCUUUGCCUACGGAGGCUGGAACUUUCUUAAUUACGUGACUGAGGAACUUGUUGAUCCCUACAAGAACCUUCCCAGAGCCAUCUUCAUCUCCAUCCCACUGGUCACAUUUGUGUAUGUCUUUGCCAAUGUCGCUUAUGUCACUGCAAUGUCCCCUCAGGAGCUGCUGGCAUCAAACGCAGUCGCUGUGACUUUUGGAGAGAAGCUCCUAGGGGUCAUGGCCUGGAUCAUGCCCAUUUCUGUUGCCCUGUCCACAUUUGGAGGAGUAAAUGGGUCUCUCUUCACCUCUUCCCGGCUAUUCUUUGCUGGAGCCAGGGAAGGCCACCUUCCCAGUGUGUUGGCCAUGAUCCAUGUGAAGCGCUGCACUCCAAUCCCAGCCUUGCUCUUCACAUGCAUCUCAACCCUGCUGAUGCUGGUCACCAGCGAUAUGUACACACUCAUCAACUACGUGGGCUUCAUCAACUACCUCUUCUAUGGAGUCACAAUUGCUGGACAGAUAGUUCUUCGCUGGAAGAAGCCUGACAUCCCCCGCCCUAUCAAGAUCAACCUGCUGUUCCCCAUCAUCUACUUGUUGUUCUGGGCCUUCCUGCUGAUCUUUAGCCUGUUGUCGGAGCCUGUGGUGUGUGGCACUGGCCUGGCCAUCAUGCUGACAGGAGUGCCCGUCUAUUUCCUGGGUGUUUACUGGCAACACAAGCCCAAGUGUUUCAAUAACUUCAUUGAGCUGCUAACCCUGGUGAGCCAGAAGAUGUGUGUGGUUGUGUACCCCGAGGUGGAGGGGGGCUCAGGGACAGAGGAGCUAAAUGAGGACACAGAAGAACAGCGGCAGCCCAUCUACCAACCCACUGCCUGCAAGGACAAGGACUCGGAGCAGUCCCAGCCCUGAGGACCACCAUCCCCUCUCAACUGGCUUCUUCUUCCUAUACCCCCUUUUUCCCCUCCUUCCCGGGCUAGGUCCCACCCCAACACACACACACACACACACACACACACACCCCUCCGCUUCUGUCAAGCAGGGGCAGGACCUGGGUGUGGGUGUAAAAAACUAUAAACAAAGACACUGACAUUUGUACCCAAAGAACCAGCUUCUUACCACCAGGGCCUAUGUCCAAAACCCUUGUGAGGGUUUGCUCCAAGCAGUGGGAGGAGAGUGGAGCUGCUGGGGGUAUCCUACAGGGCCUUCCUGUACCACCCUGGGGGCUCAAACCCUCACUUGCCUCCUCAGGAGCCCAGUUCAGUACUGCCUUCCCUCCCCAUUCCUGAGCCCAAGGGAGGCCUCUGCUCAGAGAAUUGGAAGCAUCAGUGAGUCUUUUGGGGAGGGACAGACUCAAGCAAAUCUGUCAUCUUUAAAGGUCAACUGGAGAGACCCAUAUCCCUCUCCCUUCACUAGGGACCCAAGAAAUCAGAGAGAUGCUUCCCUCUGUUCUCUCCUCUCCCCCUCCCCAUGUACCUCCCCCCACCCCAGCUUGGGCUCCCUGGCUAGAGCAAGGUUCCUGUUGGGACACCACCUUCCUACUGAGCUAAGGACCAAUGAGCAGGAGAACUGCCCCCUCCUCCUAACCCCAAGCCAGGCCUAUGGAAGAGAUUGGGAAAGGCUCAAAUUGCAGAAACCCAGCCCUGCCCCUGUCUCCUGCAUCCUGACCCCCAUUCGGUGCCAAAGCUUCCUGAAGCCAGAAAGUCUUGUUUUCAGUGUAGUGGACAUUUUUCUCCUGAUGGCAAAGCUGCUCAGCUCCUCUUCCCUCCCUACUCCCACGAGAAGAAGCAGUCACUCCAUUAUCCCUGCAGCCAUGCCCCCAACAUGCCCCCUGCUGGCACCCCCAUCAUGUCCUUUUCCUCCUCUCUGGCUUGGCUCUGGGACCAACCAAUGUGAAGGCUCCCCAAGCCCUUCAGGCCUGAAACCCAAGCCAAAUCAGCCUUAAGUCACCUCCCAUCCAAGAACUGGACCUAAAAAUACUCCCUGAUUUCUAACCCUCAGGACAGACCUGGUAUGAAAAGCCUUCCUGGAGGGGCGCCUGGGUGGCGCAGUCGGUUGUUAAGCGUCCGACUUCAACCAGGUCACGAUCUCGCGGUCCGUGAGUUCGAGCCCCGCGUCAGGCUCUGGGCUGAUGGCUCAGAGCCUGGAGCC